UUUUCUGACUAAAGUACAAUAGUAAGAGAAAACUCACUGGUUUUACAAUCUAAGAGGCAAGUAUACAGUUUUUGGCAGGAUGAGGGGAUGCCGUUUUUUCUUCAAAGCAGCAAUAAGUCGACUUCUCUUUAUUUCUCAUGGAGCCGUAGUCUGUUUUUGGCUUUUCUCUAUCAGAGAUGAUGAGUUCGUUAAGUAUUUUGGAAUUCCUCUUCUUCUUCUCCCAGUUGAGAUGAUCAUCACCUUACGAUGUACCAAGCACGGAGAAUGGAAAUGGUUUUCUCCGGCUCUGAUGCUAUAUCUUCUCUGUGUAAUUCCGGGUAUCGGUUUCUUGCAUGUGGAUAUCCAUGAAAGAAGAAUGAAACGGAUAGGUGACCCGGAGGUAUCCGAGUGCGAGAGAAUGGUGAAAAACUUUUCGUCUUUUCCUGAUUUAAACUACGGAGAUUAUAACUUCAGUCUGGAUUGGGUGAAGGGUGCGGAGGACUUCUUGAAACUGAAUGAAUGGCCUGAGGUAUUGGAGCAGACCACGAUGUUCUUGGUAAUACUUGGAAGAUGGAUGCUACCGAAAGGGAACCUCACCAAGGAACAGCUCUCUCAACUCCUACUUGUCUAUCUGGGUAUGGCAGCGGAUAUUCUGGAGUUCUCCAGCGAAAGUCUGGCCCAACCCGAGGUGGCCUGUGAUCUGAUCAAGAUCAGUAUAGUUGUAGGUUUCUGGGGGAUGAGCCUUUGUCAGUUUGCUCUCGUGCUGACAUCCGUAGCAGGUCCGAAGAUCCGUAAUUUUCGGAAUAAAAAGAAAAAGGGACAAAUGAAUGAUGCAGAAGAUAUUAUUGAGGAUCCCAAUGUCACGGGUGUUUCUGUUGAUCAGGAUAUAGUAGUGAAGCGGCCAUCUGUCUGCGGGUCGGAGAUCUGGUCUCUUCUGAUAGUCCUCUUCUUACAAGAUUGCCCCUUUCUGGCGAUGCGCUUAUAUUUGAUCAUCAAAUUUAGCAUUGUUGAUCGGGCUAUGCUUUUCUUUUCUGGGAAGAACUGCCUGGUGUUUAUGCUCGUCACAUAUCGCAUCUUUGUGCUAUGCGGAGAGCACAACACGCAGGCCAAGGUCAGGCCCGUGCCACUCGUAGGUAUUCACCAGCAACCUCCAGUUUGUGCAUUUGCUGCCAGGAAACGAAAGUCAAGAUGGUCGCUCGGUCCUAGAGUAAGCGGGUUCACCAACAGCUUGAUGAAUCGCGCCCAAGCACUCGACCGAGAUAUAAGGAUUAAGAUUGGCCUGCCUAUCCCCUCCAAGUCCGACGGACCGCCUUCAACGUCGAUGACGUCGUCUCCUGUCGCACUGGAAGGUCACCAUUCUGUCGAGGUAACCGAGGUUGAUUACAUCGAUUCAGUCACUCCAGACCUUGAUCCAGACACUACCGAAACAGCAAUCAUCGACACGUCACGGUCCAUGCCUUCCUCUGCUGGUGAAGCAAAGCAGACUACGCCAAGAAUAACCAAACCUGAUGGCGUCGAUAAAACAGAUAACAUGAUCUUAAAACCUGACAGUCAUGACAGCGGUGACCAAACCGUGAUUGAGAUCGAAACCGACAGCGGAUAUAAGAGAAGUCUCACUGAUGACAGCAUCGAAAGUAGGGCUAAUGUGACAGAAUCUAGGAGUGAAUCCCGUGAUACGAUUGACCAAACGCCGCUUACUGAUAAUAUUGAAUAACGUAAUCAAUGACGAGAUAUUGUAGAUAGUAGGGCCUACUCUAAGGAGAUGUUUUGAAAGUAUAACACAAAGCCGCGAAUAAAAAUAAAUAGACUGGGUGAAUAGGGACUAUGCUAAACCUGUGCAAAAAAUAGAUCUUGUCAACCAAAAUGAUUAUAGUAUACAUAAAAAUAAAUGAUAUACUUCAUAUACAUCCUACUAUCAAAUUAGAUAAUAUAAAAGAAAAAAACGUAUUAAUGAAGUAAAAUCUCAUAAAUACAGUAACAAUGAGUUUGGUUGACCUACUAUGAUUAUGCAUGUCAGAUGUAAUAAAAAUGUAUUUAUUCGAAAUUCUAUAUUGUAACAAAGAAUUCAUUUAAAUCAACAAACGAUAAACUUUUGUCAUAUUAUUUAGAUGCAACAAUGCAAGUAUGUUUAAACCUCGCACCUAGGAUUGUU